AUGGAAUCCAUCAUAAGGUUGCCAUCGCCUAUCACCCUCAAACCAAUGGUCAAGCCGAGGUUUCUAAUAGAGAGAUCAAGAGGAUUUUGGAGAAAACUGUGUCAUCUUCAAGGAAGGAUUGGUCUACAAAGCUUGAUGAAGCUUUAUGGUCUCACUCCAUUUCAAUUGGUGUAUGGGAAAGCUUGCCAUCUUCCUGUAGAAUUGGAGCACAAAGCUUAUUGGGCUUUGAGGAUGUUGAAUUUCGAUCCUCUCAGUACUGGUGAGAAGAGGAAGUUAGAGCUACAUGCUCUUGAUGAAUUGAGGCUACAAGCCUAUGAAUCAUCCAAGCUUUACAAGGAGAAAGUCAAGAGCUAUCAUGACAAGACGAUUCUCAAGAGGGAGUUCAGGGCAGGCCAGUCAGUACUACUUUUCAAUUCUAGGCUCAAACUCUUCCCUGGAAAACUAAGAUCUAAGUGGUCUGACCCUUUUAGAGUUAAGGAAGUGAAACCCUAUGGUGCAAUAGAAAUUGAAGAUCCUAAGGCACAAAGAAGUUGGGUUGUGAAUGGACAACGAUCCUACUGA